AGCCCCUCUCUCUCUCUCUCUCUCUCUCAGAUCUCUUGCUCGUCUUCGCGAACCUCUAUUCAUCUCCGAUCCCUCUUCGAUCUUUUUAAUCCCAAUUUGUUGCCUUUUACAAGGAAAUCUCCUUUGAUUCGAUGGUUGUUUGUAAAUGUCGCAAGGCAACCAGGCUUUAUUGCUUUGUCCACAAGGUCCCUGUCUGCGGGGAAUGCAUCUGUUUUCCAGAACACCAAAUCUGUGUGGUUAAGAAGUACUCAGAUUGGGUAGUCGAUGGGGAAUAUGACUGGCCUCCUAAGUGCUCUCUGUGUAAUUCAGUGCUGGAAGAAGGAAGUGAUCAAACCACCCGAUUGGGUUGCCUGCAUCUCAUGCACACAAAAUGCCUGGUAUCGCAUAUUCAAAGUUUUCCAACUCAAACUGCACCAGCUGGAUACGUGUGUCCUGCAUGUUCUACCCCUCUAUGGCCUCCUACAAGCAUCAAAGAUACAGGGUCUCGCCUCCAUGCAAAACUUAAGGAAUCAAUAGUCCAGGUAACUCCUGUCAUUUACCUUCUUAACUACAUCGACAAUAUUGUCUUUCUUUUCUUUCUUUUUUCUUUUAUCAUGCCUUCGCUAAACUUCUACUGCAAUCUAUAAUUUUGGAAGAAGAUU